UGGCUGGGAUACAUGAGUACGCGGCGUACAGGUGGAUCGUUUAUGGCGUUGGGAUUAGAGCGAUGCUCGAGGGACUUGGAAUUUCUGAUAGACAGACGGAACCGGCAUUUGGUUGGCAUUGCUAUGAUUGACAAUGAAUGGGCCGUUUGACCAUUGUUAUAUGGCGCCUUGGUGCCAUUUUCACGACUUGUCGUUACAUCCGAGCCUCUUCGGCAUUUACGCCCAAGUCCAUCCGCUGUCUCCACUUGUAUUCUCACUCACCUCCAUCACUCGCAAACAUGACAUGAAGCAAACACACUUUAUCUUCUCUCAAAGUCCAUCUCGCAGAUCUUUCUACAGAAUGGACCAGAUGGAAGAUUCUCAUGACAAUCCGUCGCGGCGGCACGUACAGCAUGCCUGUGUUGCCUGUCGCGCCACCAAGAUACGGUGUCAACCCAGUGAGCAGCCAGGCGUGUGUAGAAAAUGCCUCGAAUCGAAGCGAGAAUGCGUUGCGAGGACCGGACCGCGGACGCGUCGUCCCAAGCGCAGUAAGAAUUCACCAGAAGCCGGCCCAACUCAUGAACCAGGUCCAAGCUCGACGCAAGCGCAGACUUUCACCAUUGACUUUGCUGUCCCCGCGCCAGACGAGCAAGACGACUCCUUCUCGUCCCUCGCACAGACCCACGAACAAGCUCUCGCGGCCCUCUUCACAGAACACGAGGAAGAGCAAGACUUCAUGUUACCUCUCUCGCCGCCCUCUUCAUCGGCUACGCCAGCGUCUCAUCCUGUCGAGUCUCUGACCGGUCAGCCUCAAUUCAACCUCGCCUCGGCUUCCUCCCUUCUGGAUAUCUUCAGGACACACAUGCUGCCCAACUUCCCCUGUGUCACUCUGUCAGAAACAGACACCGUGGCGGAGAUGGCUACGCGGCAGCCGUUUGUCUUGCUUGCUAUUCUGGCCUCAGUCUCGGCCUCGGGCAACAUGCUCCAGGGUCAUGGCCUCUACGAUUCAGAGUUCCGGAAGGUCCUUGCCCUCAAGUUCGUCGCAGGCGGAGAGCGUACGCUAGAGAUCCUUCAAGGCAUUCUGAUCUACUGUGCCUGGUACCCUUUCCACCUACGACCGAAGAACAAGCAGGCGUAUCACUAUCUGCGCAUGGCGUCUGAUCUACUGCAUGAUCUGGAACUAGACAAUGAGCCGGCUUUCUACCAACCGGAAGAUUUUCUCCUCCAAGCUGGUGUCAGGGCGUACUUGAGCUACACUUAUCUUGCCGCCUCGUUCCUCAUCGGUUGGCGGCGAUACAAGGGGAUCUACGCAUCAUUCGAUACUUGGACAGAGAAAGCAUGUUCUCUGCUCGAGACAAAUACCCAUGUAUCGGGGGACAAAACCCUCGUGGCUCUCGUCAGACUGUCGUCCAUCAUCAUAUCAAGGAUCGACGUGGACGGCAAGAAGUCCACGUACACCGAAGCAGACAAACACCUCCUGCUACUAGGCCUGGAAGCAAAACUCGACUCUCUUCACAUCGCACACGAGACAACCACCAAGAACGCACAAGACCCCGUCGUACUCACGCACCUCUUUGCCAAGAUCUACCUCAUCGCUGCCCCUUUUCUCACCCUACCCCCGACCCCAAAAUCUCCCUCACCUCCGAACAUGAGCUACAUCAUAGCGCCUCUCGCCACGGCCCUCACGACCCUCGCCAGUCUCUCCGACGAAGCCCUCCGGGCCUUCACCGCACCAGACUGGUUCCGUCUUAUCGUAUGCGUGAUUGUCGCCUCCAAGCUCUCCUUCCCCUUGGCAAACGACCCAUCCUGGGAUGACGCAUCCGCCAGAAGCGCUCUACGACUAGGCUCGUUCCUGGACAGCUUUUGUCAGGACGACAACGACGACGGCGACAAGGCCAAAACUAAGAACGACGUGCUGUCCGCGAGCCGCGUCGUCAUGCGCAUGGUGCGCGACAAGUUCAACCGCAAACUACAUACAGCCGCCGGUGCAAAAAGGACAGCAUCCCUUGGUUGCCCCAUGCUCGACGGCAGUCUCGACAACUACAUGCCCAUGUGGGAUCCGCCGCCGCUGCCGCUGCCCCCUCAGACAUCCCAACAACAAAGCGGCCCCGUGUUCCACGACCUCUGGGCGACUAUGACAAUGUCCUGGUCCAACGGCCGAGGGCCUUGCCCCUGACUAACAGACAGUCACAUGCUCUCUGGCGUCCAGUCCCAGGCCAUGCAUGCACGCAUGCUGGCGCCCCCCGCGUGGGCACGCCACACGCAACCUCGGUGAGGUGUAUGCAUGAUGGCCCGCACGACUCAUUGGGAGAGAUCCGCGGGAGAAUACUGAUGUGUCACUUUUCCUUUUUCUUUUUUGGCUCUGCGCGGUGAAUGAAAGCAGUUGAUGCAUUACUCUAUCCUGAAGAACCA